UACUUUAAACUCUGUUCAUUUAAAAAUUCUCUCUCGGUAAACUUUCAGUGAGGCAAAGCUAAUUAGUGCUUUGGGUUGUUGUGAGAUAAGAUUAUUAGGUUGUAGUAUAUUAUUAUAGUGUUCUUUGUCCUGCUUCCUGACUUAGUGAUAACAGAAAGCAAAUGGGUGUCUUUCUACUUCCUUGAAAAAUCACUGUAACGUUAUCAGUUUGUAACUGGACUGAAUGGGGACACCAAUAACACAAUGUCUUCUCUGUUUCAUGGCACUUGCCUGGCUUUCUUGUUCUUCUGCAAAUGCUGUGCUCUCUCCUAAAGGAGUGAACUUUGAAGUUCAAGCUUUGAUGGGUAUAAAAGCUUCUCUUGUGGAUCCUCAUGGAGUUUUAGAUACUUGGGAUGGAGAUUCUGUUGAUCCUUGUAGCUGGACCAUGGUCACCUGUUCUCCUGACAACCUUGUCGUUGGCCUGGGCACUCCAAGUCAAAGCUUAUCUGGUACUUUGUCUCCCACCAUAGGAAACCUCACAAACCUUCAGAUUCUGUUGUUACAGAAUAAUAACAUAACAGGUACAAUUCCUUCAGAACUAGGGAAGCUUUCAAAGUUGCAGACUUUAGAUCUAUCAAAUAACCUGUUCAAUGGCGAAAUUCCUUCCUCUUUAGGCCACAUGAGCAAGCUGCAAUACUUGAGGCUCAAUAAUAAUAGUCUUUCUGGACAAUGCCCAGAGUCACUGGCCAACAUGACACAGCUUGCUUUUCUUGAUUUGUCCUACAACAAUUUGAGUGAUCCUGUGCCCAGAAUUCUAGCCAAAUCAUUCAGCGUUGUUGGGAAUCCCCUCAUCUGUGGUGUUGGGAAAGAAGAAACCUGCCAUGGGAUGACACUGAUGCCUAUGUCCAUGAACUUGACCAAUACAAAAGAUGCUCAACCUUCUGAAAGACAAAAACCACACAAAGUGGCGAUUGCCUUCGGUUUGAGCCUAGGAUGUCUCUGUCUCAUAGUUGUUUGUCUUGGACUAUUUCUCUUGUGGAGGCAUAAGCAUAACCAGCAAGCAUUCUUUGAUGUCAAAGAUCGUCAUCAUGAGGAAGUGUAUCUAGGAAACUUGAAGAGGUUCCAUUUCAGAGAACUUCAGAUUGCUACAAACAACUUCAGCAACAAGAACAUACUAGGAAAAGGCGGGUUUGGACACGUGUACAAGGGAGUGCUUCAAGAUGGAACAGUGGUUGCAGUGAAGAGGCUUAGAGAUGGGAAUGCCAUUGGUGGAGAAAUACAGUUUCAGACAGAAGUUGAAAUGAUCAGCUUGGCAGUACACAGAAACCUUCUCAGACUCUAUGGCUUCUGCAUGACUCCCUCUGAAAGGCUUCUGGUUUACCCUUUCAUGCCUAAUGGCAGUGUUGCUUCUCGUCUCAAGGGAAAACCGGUGUUGGAUUGGGGUACAAGGAAGCAGAUAGCUUUAGGAGCAGCAAGGGGAUUGCUAUACCUUCAUGAACAGUGUGAUCCAAAGAUAAUUCACAGGGAUGUGAAAGCUGCAAACAUACUGCUUGAUGAGUACUAUGAGGCAGUGGUUGGAGAUUUUGGAUUGGCAAAACUUUUGGAUCAUCAAGACUCUCAUGUUACUACUGCUGUGAGGGGUACUGUGGGGCACAUUGCCCCUGAGUACCUCUCCACAGGGCAGUCCUCUGAGAAGACUGAUGUCUUUGGAUUUGGUAUUCUUCUUCUUGAGUUGAUCACUGGACUUAGGGCUCUUGACUUUGGAAAAGCUGCCAAUCAGAAAGGGGCCAUGCUUGACUGGGUGAAGAAAAUUCAUCAAGAGAAGAAACUUGAACUGCUUGUGGACAAGGAUUUGAAGAGCAACUAUGACACAAUAGAGCUAGAAGAAAUGGUGAAAGUGGCGCUUCUGUGUACUCAAUACCUUCCAGGACAGAGACCUAAGAUGUCAGAAGUAGUGAGAAUGCUUGAAGGAGAUGGACUUGCAGAGAGAUGGGAAGCUUCUCAGAGAGCUCAUCAUGACUCAAACACAAGCAAAUCCAAACAACCCCAUGAAUUCUCUUCAUCAGAUCGCUAUUCUGAUCUCACUGAUGACUCUUCUUUGUUAGUCCAAGACAUGGAGCUUUCAGGUCCAAGGUGAUUCAUUGUGAACCUCUGUUGUAUACAGCUUAGAUUUCUCUCUUUAUAUAUAUACAUACAUAUAUAUAUAUAUAUAUAUAUGUUUUUCUAAGUUAAGAAAUUGAAGUGUAUGAUUUUGAAGAGCCUAUAAUGAUGCUUGAAUCUAUGUGCAAACCCACGUUGAUUUUUGUUUUUUUAAAUGUACAGAAAUUUUUGUGGUGUAAAAAGUCAGAGGAAUUGGUCUUUUCAGCACAACUUCUUGCGCUUAUAUAUACAGUUGUUUUGACUUGCAUUGUA